CUAAAGGUAGUUAAAUUAACUGCUUGCAAAGCCAUCAAGAGUUUGUUCCUUUGUGGUGUGGCCGUGACUGAAAUAUGGUUAGACAAACUUUUUCCCAGCCUAAGAAAUCUUGAAAAAUUACACUUUUCCUAUUGCAAUACAUUGAGGACCAUGAAGAUCUCAAGCUACCGGCUCAAAAAGCUGAUAGUAGUUCAUUGUCCUAAUCUGGUUAAUGCUCAAGUGCGUCCUCCUGAUUUAAUAUAUAUCUUCUAUAAUUGUUGUUCUUCAUUGCCAACGUUGAACCUAAAAGCUUCAGGUUCAUUAGAAGCCAAAAUCUCCUUUGACUCAUUAGAAACCCCUGACAGUGAUUGGUACUCUAAGCUCACGAAUUUUCUUGGUAACUUCAAUCAUUCCAUAGCUAUUGAAUUAUCAAGCCAAAAUGACAGGGUGAUAGUUAUACCAAAAGACGUGAGAGUAAACUUGCUUCCUCCACUUCAUGCUACUAUAAUUUGCACGUAAACAUUCAGAAGCGAUUGAAGUAUUCAGUUGUGGACAUUGUUGAUAGUUUGCUUUGGAUUUC